GAGCAGGCGCUGAGUGUAGGAGAGGAGGGGAUCGGGGAACGGAACCAUCGGGACCAGGGACCAGAUGGAGACCACCCCUCUGGGCCCUAGCCUCCUCUGGCUCCUCGUCCUCCUGUUCCCAGCCCUGCUCGUCACUGUCCUGUGUUUGUGUUGCCGGGACCUCCCUGGCCCCAACUCUGAGGUUUCCCCAAGUGACGGCUCAUAUCAUCCAAGCGGUGGAUUAGUCAUCCUCAAACGCCCCUGUGGUGGUGGGAACUAUGUGUACACAGACAAAGGAAUGCAAAGGAAUUUAGGGAGAGACACUAAUGUUUCGUGGCCACCCCCAGCACCCUGCCAGCUAGAUCUCCCUAUCCCGAGGUCUCCACAACAUCCAGGGUUGUCACACCGGAUUCCUUCUUCUCAACCGGAACCAGACAGUCGCAGUGAGCCCAGCUACGAGAAUGAGGGUAUAUCAAAUACCACGGCAGUGGGGGUUGGGCUGGGACUUCUUGGGGAGGGGGAGGAAGGAGGGAAUAGGUCUGACUGGACAGCUGUUGGACCACCUGCUCUGAUACUUGUGUUUCCCCCGGAGUUAGAACCUGAAGACGCUGAUGAAGAAGACGACUACCACAACGAAGGCUAUCUCGUAGUUCUACCCGAUGGCUCUCCGAACUCUAGUGCUGCGCCUCUGUCCAGCUCGGCACCUAACCUGGGCAGCCCUGGCCUUAGGGAUAGUCCAUCUUCCAUGGCAGGAGGAGAGGAUUAUGUGAAUAUCCCAGAUAGUAAAGAGGCAUCUCUGGGUGGUAGCUGUGAAUAUGUGAAUGUGCCAGAAGUCCAGGAGGAAAGAACUUCUUCCAAUAGGACCCCAGUGACUGACCAGGAUGGUGAGGAAGAGGGGCCCGAUUAUGAGAACGUUCAGGAACAAAGUGGACACUCCUUCACCUGAGGCCCGGUGUCUCCUGGAUAUGGGGGAAGGGAAGCAUCAGUGGAGCUGCUGACCACUCCUGACCUCUGGUUCCCAUCCUGACGCCAUCCUGAGAGUCAGCCCUUUAACUUAUUGUCACUUUGGAAAUUCCCCUUCCCCCACCUGGUCCCAAGCAGUCUGCACCUUCUUCUCCUGACAUAGCCUGAGAACAACUAUCCUCUUUUCUCCCUAGCCUAUAUGGGCUAUAGUCCCUCCUUAGUGUAUUGAAAUAAAG